GUUAGGUUGCGCGACGGCUGCAGUUUCAGUUUGUUUUAUUCACCAUUUUGAGUAGCUGAACGUAAAAAUUAAAGUAAAUCCUUCACCACUACAGAGAUAUUUCCCUGUAUUGUUUAGUUUCGCGGCUGGGAGAGGACGUUGUUUUUGCGACCUCGCCUUGAGCCCCUCGGUUUGUAGUGCAGUUUGGGCUUUAAUUUCCUCCUGAUUUGCUUUUGCUGUUUUACAUUGUUAACCUCUACACAGUGUUCCUGCAAAAUGUCAAGACCAGUGAGGAACAGGAAAGUGGUGAAUUAUUCACAGUUCAAUGAGUCUGAUGAUGCAGAGGAGUACGACAGGGAGAGCGACAAGCCCAAGAAGAUGCGUGCUGCUCCGCGCGAAAUCAAGCACAAGAAGUCCAAGAACUCGCAGGACGAAAGUGACGACUCGGAUGAGAAACUCUCCAACUCCAAACACGAUUCAGCAGAUGAUUUUGGCAGCGAGGAAGACAAUGAAUUUGGAGAGGAGGAGGAGGAGGAAGAGGAGGAGGAUGAAGAAGACGGGGGAAGCGACUAUGAAGCAAAAAGGGGGAAAAAGGGGAAAAAGGUUAAAGUUGAGAAGCCCAGCAAACGCUCGCUGAAGAGAAAGAGAGACACAGAUGACAGUGAUGAAGACAGAGACGUGAGCAGGAAGCGGAGGCAGGUGAGGCAGGCUGCCUCUAAAGCCGUCUCCAAACAGAGAGAGAUUCUUCUGGGAGACCGGGGCAGUGAGGAUGAGGAUAAAGAUGAAGAUGACCAGGCCUACAUGGACCAGGAGUCCGGCAGCGACGAAGACUUCAUGGUGGACGACGAUGACGACAGCGACUACGGCCGCUCCAAAAAGAAGGGCAGGAAGGUGGUACCGAGAGGACGCCGAGCAGAGAGGAAGGAGAAGAAAUCCCCCAAACCCCGGCUAAAGGCCACAGUUACCCCCAGCCCCAUGAAGGGCAGGGGCAAGGGUCGCCCCAGUGCAGCCAAGACCCUGGAGAAAUGCUCCCCCAAAGAGGAGGAGGAGCCAGAGAGCCCCCUGGAGGACGAAGAGGAAGACGAAGUUGAGAAGAAGGACUCGCCGGCGACACCCGCCAAGAAGAAGAAGGCCGCCCCUGACGAUGAGGAGGAGGAUGAAGAGGAGGAUGGCUCAGAAGAAGAUGCCCCGUCUGGGGAAGACUAGCCAGGUUCUGAUCAGCAGCCCCAUAUCUCUCUCUCUCUCUCUCUCUUUCGCUCUCUCUCUCU